AUAUAUGUCUGUGAACGGAAAUCGUUCGGUAACGAGAAUAGUAUAUUCAGUGAUGUUUUUCUCACGCGUUAAUUUAUAGCAAGUAAUAUUCAAUUUUCUUUCCGUUUAAAGUUGUGCUUGUAACAAUAAAAUGGCAUCACUUGCUCGCGUUGGUUUCAUCAAACUUGGAUACAAUAACCUUGCUAGGCAAUUAUGUAAGGUAGCAACUACCAGCAAUGUGAUGCAAUUGGCCUUCAUUACACAAAAAGCGAAACGAGUGAAUCGCCGACGGCUCCAACCGUUUGAUUAUCUGCAUAAGAAAUAUGGAUAUUGGUCGCAGUUGUUUGAUCCGAUGGUUGAUCGUUGCGAUGAGAAUUCCAAGGUAAUCGUCGUCGAGGGUCCGAUUGCUGCAGGAAAAUCCAAGGUGGCCGCAAAAUUGGCAGAGGAAUUUGAGAUGGUCUAUCUACCACCGCCGAUCUUCGAUGAAUAUUAUAUAAAUGAGUAUGGAUACGAUAUACGUACACUGGAUGACAGAUUGUCUGUGGGCUCACAAUCGUGUGACGUGCAGAAAUUUCUGACAAAUCCGUAUCAUCCCAAUGUGCCCAUGUUUCAAUUUCAUUAUUUUCAACUUAAACUUGAUCAGUACAUCACUGCUCUACUCCAUUUGCUCUCGACUGGCCAAGGAGUGGUGCUCAGCCGUUCUUUCUAUACCGAUUAUGUAUUCGCGAAAGCGAUGACAAACGCUGGUUACAUGCGUUCAGAGGUAUUAAAAUUUUACGACGAUAUCGUAAAUAUCGCCAAGUUACAGAUGUUGAGGCCUCAUUUAAUCAUUUAUUUGGACAUACCUGUGGAUACAGUUAUGGAAAAAAUAAAAAAACGUGGCAUACUAUACGAAGUAAAUUCGAAAGUUCUUACUUCAGAGUAUCUCCAAGAUAUUGAAAAUAUAUAUAAAUUGGAUUAUUUGAAAAAUAUUAUAUCACAUUCUCAUGUGUUAGUCUAUGACUGGACAAACGAGGGAGAUAUUUCUUCUAUAGCCGAGGAUAUUGAAAUGCUUAAUUUUGAUUACGAGGAUAAAACACCUAAAAAAUUCUCUGAUUGGAGAUUCGAAAACGUUCAGGAACUUCGAACUAAAAGGAAAUAUUAUGAAAAUAGAUAUUUCUUACAUUCUGACUAUUGGAGAAAUGAAUAUUCACUACCAGAAUUGUACUACACAGCUGAAGAAAUGGAAGAAAAGGAUAAAGCAAUGCAAAUGGUACCUGGAUAUAUGUACGCUAAAGGAUAUAAUUACAAGUUGGGAGAUAAAAAUAUUUUGUGGAAAAAGGAUCCUACUUUUUAUUUAACAACUCUAAGACCUACUGCACGCGAAAUAGAUGUAGUGAUUAAAGAAAUGGAGAAACUCAAGGCCGCGUCGAUGCAGUGAGAGCUAAAAAGUGAUAUAUCUAGGAAAGAAAUAGAGUUUGUAAAUAACACAAUCGAACAAAAAAAUUGCGGCGAGCAGAGCCAGCAUUUUUUAAUGGAUUCAAGGUUGCUGAAUCCAAAUCCACCAGCGAAAGAUGCCCAUCACGUCAGAUUUUUCAGAUAAAUCGAAUAAUAUGAGUAAAAUAUACCUUUUUUGCUAUAUUUACCAUUUUUUUGUGUCCAAACGAAAUUUUAUUUUUCAAUUAGCGUCACUCUAAAGAGCGAAUCUUCACCUUUAAAACGAAUUUUUAUUUUUUACUGUGUGGUUUUUUUUCAUCGAGUUGUGAACGUUUUCUGAAAUGUCAAAUGGUGGAUCCAAAUUAGCGGAUUGAACCCGAAAAGUAGAUUUGUAUCAAAAAAGUAUCUUAUUCUUUCUAAAGGUCACUGAAUCUGAAAAAUUGUACAGAAAUUCAAAAUGGCGGAUCUAAUAUGGCAGAUCAAAUGUUACUUUUAGCAUUUUGGUCCUCCAUAAUGGAUCUGCCAUUUUUAAUUUCUGUAUUUUAAGUUUUUUUCAGAUACGUUGUCAGCGACCUCUGGAGAGAGAGAGAAAGCCUAAGAUACUUUUUUUGAUACAAAUCUGUCUACUUUCCAGAUUUAAUCCGCUAAUUUUGAUCCACGAUUUGACAUUUCAGAAAACGUUCAUAACUCAAUGAAAAAAAAUCGCACAGUAAAAAAUAAAAAUUCUUUUUAAAGGUUAAGAUUUGCUCUUUAAAGUGGCGUUAAUGACAUUUAAAAA